GGAAGUUCGAAAUUUUCGAAAACAAUGUUUUGUUGAUUUCGCACCUCUCGCACAUUUCGUAGUGAAAAAAACUUGCUGAAAAUGUCUCUAAAAUCCGAUACUAAAUCGAUUUCUAAGGAUACUAAACAGGAGGAGACAAUGCAGUAUAGCCAAUUGUGUUGGAUUUGUUUAGCAAAAGUUGAGAGAAACUUUAAAAAUAUGACGGAAACUUGCUACAACGACAUCCCCUACUUAACAAUUUAUUGCGAGACUGUUGGCAAGAAGAUUAUUCCUUCGGAAAAGUACUCACCACGAAUUUGUUCAUCAUGCGAGAUAGAGAUGCUCGAAGCCUACCAAUUUCGCUUAAAGUGUUUGAUUGCUGGUGCAAAAAUUAGUAAAUUGAUUGAACCAGAAAAAUCUACGACUGAUGGGGCGACUCAGCAGAAUCCCCCAAUGGAUAAGGGGAACAUUACUACCCCUAUCGCUACAGAAGCCGUUGCAGGAAGUUUAUCAGAUGGUGUGGAGAAGAUUAAAACAGAGAAAGAUAUCAAGUCUAAAGAACGCCGAAAAAAGUUCCGCUGUAAAGUGUGUCGGGUGAUUCAUGAGAAGUUUGAGCAAUUUUGCCGUCACAAAUGCAUGUCGUAUGAACCCCAAAUCAUCAAGGAAAUCAAGUUAAUGACCCCAAUUUACUAUAAAGUACCUGCAGUACCACAGAUAAAUCGAAGACCUAAGAAUCCUGCGGUUGUGGAUGCAAAGACAAAGCAGGAAAAACAAAAGGCAGCAUUCACAUGCGAGAGAUGUGGGAAAACUUUGACCAAUCGUCAAGGAUUCCUCAUGCACAUGGACAAGCACAACAACACAGCACGAUACAAGUGUGAUCAGUGCGAUCAAAAGUUCAUUCACUGGCUAUCGCGGCGUACCCACAUCUACAGAGUUCACCUGAAGAAGCCAUACUGUACAUGCCAACACUGCGGCAAGAGUUUCUAUCAAAUCAAGGAUAUGCGAACCCACAUUCUUGAAUUCCAUACAGCUGAACACAAAGGGUAUCAAUGUGAGAUAUGCGGCAAGAAUUUCCGAACUAGGUCAUCCUUUAAUGAUCACAAGAAUGUCCACAAAAGUGGGGUUGAAUGCAAAGUAUGCGGGAAGAUGCUCAAAACGAAAAAGACAUACUUUAAGCACUUGGAAGGACACACCGGAGCACGUCAUUAUGCGUGUUCUGUGUGCGACAGGACGUACACCUGCAAUAACCUUUUGAAGAGACAUAUGAAGCACAAGCAUCCAGAUAAAAUUCACCUCCUUCCUCCAUCAGGAACCAUCGUCAAUAAGGCAUACUUGAAGAAGAAAGGACUGCAACAUCCCAUACCUCAUCCGCAGCAGUCUACGUCACAAAGUAGUUUAUCAUUAAAACUAACUAAAUAAACCAUUUCAGAUAGAUGAAUAAAAAAUUAUAAUAAUAGUUAAAUAGAGAUCUCCUAUUUGUUCAUACUACAUUCAUGAUCGGAAAAUCUUCGCUUUUAUUAAAUAAAAAAAAAGAUUUUAAAAAA